UUCUAUCUCUAAAAACCCUAGUGUUCUCUCUCUAGGAAAUGAAAAAUAAAUAAAUCUGCUUGCGUCUAUGGCUUUCCAUAUUGGGCACAAUUUCUGGAACUCCUGUGGUUAUUUUGUAUCCCUGAAUCCAUACGAAUGCUGAUUUUGAGCUUGAAUUGUUCGGUGUUUCCGAUCUUUUGUGUUCUGGAGGUGAUUUUGAGAUUUUGGAGUGAUUUUCGGUUUGAGAUGAGCUUAGUUGAUGAGAAAGUAGGGGAAAAGAAAUAGUAAUUGAGUUUUGUGUUUGUUGCUUUCUUUCAUUACUUUAGGAGCUGAAAACUUUUCAGCUUAGGUAAAUUGUGCACAUUUCUUGUUGGAUUUUCAAUCUCGGUAACGUUUUACUAUUGCAUAGCUUCUAGUGUUUGAUUCCAUGUGUUUCUUCAUGGUUUUGGUUUCUCCUGCAUUGGGAAGGAGACUGAAUUCUUUGCAUGCCAAUAGGAGCGCUUAGUCUUGUGUAGGUCUACCUUGUAGUCUAUGAAAAAUGAAGGAGAAGGGUUUCUUCUACUGGAAAAUAGAGUCACUUGAAUAAUUUAUUUAUGCUUGUGGACUUCUCUGUUAGUAUUAUGUUAGAUAAUGAAGAUGGGUUGGUUAAAAUUCUAUCCCAGUGAAUGCAAUAUGAGUCUAGAGCUGGAAGUCAUGAACAGAGGUGGUGGAUUCUUGUGGUGAAACUCUUUUUACAGUUGUAGUUGAAGUGAAUGUGUCCACACAACCUAAAAGGGGACGGAUUGAGAUUGUAGUUUUUUUGGAUAAGUUUGCUCUUUGGGAUGUUUAUUUGCUAUGGUUUUGUAAUAAAUUGGAGUUUGCUUACAAUUUUGUGGAGUUACUGUCAGUUGCCAUAAAUGUGAUGCGUUUUUCAAAUGUCCCGAGGAUGAUUAAUUAUGGUGGUAAUUAAAACAAAGGAGUGUGAGGUUGGCAUAGAAAAUAUGUUGAAUGCCAUUACUAGAAUAACACUCAUUGAUGUAGUAGAUUUAAUAGUUUCCGGAACCUCUAUGUAUUCCCCAUUUUGAUGCCUAAUGUGCAUCUGAUACCUGUAUUUCAAUUACAUUUAACUUAGAAGGGGAAGUAAAGCAUAGUUUAUAUUUGUGAGUUAAUGAUGGUGAAACUUGGUCGUCAAUGUCAAACUUCUUUUUAUAAGUUGAUGCUUAUGGCGAAGAUACUCUUCUAUUUGAACCUUCUGUAGUUUCAGUACUGAGCUAGGCGUAGGAGGAAGUUAGGUCAAGUAUAGGAGUAAAUGAUAGUUGCUCAGAGGAGUGUUUUUGGACAUAAUAAUUGGAGAAACUUUUUCUUGAUCUUCCUUGAUUCAUUACGGCUUCUUAUAAAUAGCUGUAUGCUGAAAAAUUGCAAGCUGGGUCACCUAUGCCUGGAAACGAGGUAGGAGACAGGGUCCAUAAUUUUUUUGGUCAAGAAAACUUGUCCCAGGGUCAGUAUCACUCACAGGCAGUUGACGGGAACUGGCCUGGGCUAAGCAACAAUUUGUGGGCUGGCAGCCAGAGACCAACUGGUGGACCUUUUCUUUCCAAUUUGAAGAAUUUUAAUCUACAACAAUCAGAUUCUGAGCAACACACAAGUGCCCUGCAUCUGCGACAUGGUUUGAACUUGGCACAAUCAAAUCAGAGGCCUGAUAUUGGCAGAAAUCAAACCCCAAACCAGCAAACAUCUGUUAAUGGCUAUAUGCAGGGACAUCAGGUUUUCCAGUCUAGGCAAAAUGAAGCAAACAUUUUGGGAAUGGAUACAGGAGCUGAUUUGCAUGGCAUAUCAAGUCUAUCUAGAGGAGUAACAGUGCUUGAGUCACAGCAAGGGGCUGGUCUUGACCACUAUAAGAAAAGCUUGACUAGGACUGAUGCUACAGAGUCUCCUGUCAAUUAUGAUUUUUUUGGAGGUCAACAGCAAAUAAGCAGUCGACAAUCAAGCAUGCUUCAGUCUUUUCCUAGACAGCAGUCAGGGAUAAAUGACAUGCAGCUUUUACAACAACAAGCAAUGCUCAACCAGAUGCAAGAACUUCAAAGGCAGCAACAAUUUCAUCAACUAGAAGCGAGGCAACAUUCCAUGAUUCCAGCUUCCUCCAUUUCAAAACAGACAGUUGCAAGCCAUUCUGCAUCUCUUAUUAACGGCAUUCCCAUCAAUGAAGCAUCUAACCUCAUGUGGCAGCCUGAAGUUAUGGCAGCUAAUGCAAAUUGGCUCCAGCGAGGUGCAUCUGCUGUUAUGCAAGGAUCCGCGAAUGGUUUUGUGUUAUCCCCAGAACAACUGCGCCUGAUGGGCUUGAUUCCUAAUCAGGGAGAUCAGUCUCUUUACGGGCUUCCAAUUUCUGGCUCAAGAGGCGCCCCUAAUCUGUACUCUCAUGUUCAAGCAGACAAGUCUGCAAUGUCUCAGGUUUCUAUCCAAAACCAGUAUUCUCACGUUCAAGGCGACAAACAAUCAUUACCAUCCAUAUCAACUAGCGUUAAUGCAUUUCCAGCUCACCACUAUGCUGCAAUGUCAGAUCAAACUAACCUAAAUGAUGGAACUUCAGUUUCUAGACAAGAUAUUCAAGGAAAAAAUAUGUUUGGUUCAGUUGCUCCUGGUAUUAAUAGUGGACUAAAUAUGGAGAACUUGCAGCAAGUGAAUUCUGAGCAAAGAGAUGUACAAAUGGAAGACUUUCAUGCGAGGCAAGAACUGGCUGGAUCUUCUGAGACUUCACAGGACAAGUUGUUAGUACCGGCUCCUCCACAUAAUGUGGCUACACUAGAUCCAACAGAAGAAAAAAUUUUGUUUGGUUCUGAUGACAACCCUUGGGAUGGAUUUGGUAGGAAUUCUGCUUUCAAUAUGCUGGAUGGUUCAGAUGGUUUUAGUGGAUUUCCAUCUCUUCAGAGUGGGAGUUGGAGUGCACUGAUGCAGUCUGCUGUAGCUGAAACUUCUAGCAGUGAAGUGGGUAUACAAGAGGAAUGGAGUGGUCUAAGUUCCCGGAAUACUGAACGUUCAUUACCAAACGAAGGACCUUCGCCCAUUGAUAGCAGCAAACAACAAUCAGUUUGGCCUGAUAAUAAUUUGCAGUCAGCCCCCAAUAUAAACUCAAGGCCUAUAAUUCGUCAAGAUGAUCUUAGCAGGCCCAAUUCUACUGUAAACUAUUCUGGUCUUCCUGGAUUUCAUCAGCCAGGUGCUGAUACUGCACAGGAACAGCAUAACAGGUUACAUGCAGAUUCUUCUCAAAGACCAAUUCCCCAAACUUUAGAAAGAGGUAAAUGGCUAGAUUGCAGCCCUCAGCAUAAACCAGGGGCAGAAGGAAGUCAUAUUUAUGGAAAUGCUGCUAAUUCCUCAGGUUUAGAAAUAAAUGAAAAUAUUCAAAUCAGUGAGCCAUUGAAUAGAUCUAAUGGAUGGAAUUAUGUCAAAUCAGCCCCACCCGAUAAUAAUCCUACUCCUAAAAUUCGUGAAAAUGAAAAUGUGUUUCAGCCCCAUCGAGAUAUGGGCCAGGCUCCUACAAUGUGGGAGCCUGAUUCUGAUAAUAAUUCAUCUGUUGCACUGGAACAUGUAAAGUCUGCAGGGAAUAUGCAGGUUUGUGAGGAAGAUUCUGAUAUGAAUGGUAUGUCUGCCAUCCCAAAUUCUGGUGCUACAUGGGUGAGCCGACCAAGCAACCAUCAACAUUCUAAUGUUGACACAUGGAGGAAUGCAGAUUCUGUGGGGAGCUAUGGAAGAAAUGAAGGCGCAGGGAAAUAUAGGCAUCAAAUGGAGAAGAAUCCUUUAGUUUUGGAGUCAUUACAGAGUGAGAAGUCAGAAGGAGAAGCAUAUGAAAUUGACAACUCCAAUAAAAAGGAUAAAUCUGCUGAUGGUAUGGAGUCUAAUCCCACCCAUCAUCGAGUUAGUGGUGUGAGAGAAAAUCCCAGUUUUGACGGAAGUGAUAUGCACAGCCCAAAGUUACCUGGUCAGGGAAAUAGAAGGCCUCCUGUAACUCGUAAAUUUCAGUAUCACCCAAUGGGGGAUGUUGGUGUUGAGACAGAAUCUUAUGGAAACAAACAUGUAAAUUCACAGCCUAUUACCCAUCAACCCUUUGGAGGCCUUAAAGGCCGGGACCAGAGCUACCCAGGGCAGUCAAAAUAUGGUCAUUCUGAUGGGAAUUAUACUGAAACAGAGAAGGGUGACAAAAAAAGCUUUGUUGAUAAUGCUUCAAAAGCUGAACUGUCUAGUCAUGUACCGAAAACGUUGAUGCCAUUUGAUAGAAAUGUUGGUAAUUAUGCCUCAAACAAGACUGCUUCACCCAGUCAUAAUAUUCUUGAGCUUCUUCAUAAAGUGGAUCAGUCAAGGGAGCAUGGCUUUGCAACAAAUACGAGCACUUCUAACUGCCAUUUAUCUUCCAGGGUGAUGGAUACAGAAUCUUCUAACGGGUCUAUUGUACAUCCUCAACGAAAUCAAAGCUCUUCAUCUCAGGGCUUUGGUUUACAAUUGGCUCCUCCUACUCAAAGGCUUCCUGCGGCGUCUUCUCAUGCUACAUCACAUGUUGCAGCUGAGAUGAUAGAUAAGGGUACUUGGUUGGCUGAUGCUCAGACUAUUCCUUCUCGAGAGUCAUCUCAUGAAAUUAGAAAUAACAUUGCUGGUUCCCCAAGGAUUCAUGCACAAAAUCAGAAUAUGGUUAGUCUUGGAGGACAAGUAGCUAAUAAUCAAUGUGACAGUGCAAGCCAUGUUGCCCAAAUAGCUUCAGCUAAUCAGAUAGAUGAAUAUUGUGAAAGAGCUCAAACUAGUCAAUCUGCAGUGUCAUCUGCUCAGGAUCUUCCCGUGCUGAGUGGUAUAAAUCAAAUCCAUCCUGGAGAUCCUGCCAUGCAAAUUUCAGCAUUGGACUCUGGCACAGCUCCGCACCCUUCUGUAACAUUUAAUCCAUCUCUACAUGGUACCCAGUCAAAAGGUUUACACAAUGUAUGGACAAAUGUUUCUGGCAUGCAACAGCCUAAUGCUUUGAAGGCUCCAUCCCAUCCCCAACCAAAUAGUAUCUUUGAAACUGCAACAAGGCCACAAAAGCCACAUAUUGAAGAUUCCGAGAGUGAUGCUAACGACCGCUCUGGGAAACAGAUGUUGCUUGAAGUUGUUGAUGCUGCUGACGGGACUGCAAGUGCUUCAUGUGUGAAGGAACAUAUUGUGAAAAGCAUACCUGAUGCAUCUCAAUCUAGCCAACCAGCGACUCCUAGAGAUAUUGAGGAUUUUGGCCGGUCUUUAAAACCAAACGCUUUCUCGCGUCAUAAUUUCUCCACACUAAAUCAAAUUCAGUCCAGGAAAAAUAUGGAGUUCAAUCCUAUUGAUCAAGAUGUCAACAAAUUCAAAGUAUCGGAUGAUGUAGGGGAUAGACAGUUUGAUUCUAAUCAUGGACAACGGUCAUACGGAUACAAUUACACAGUUGAAGAUGUUUUGGGUAAUAAUUCUUCAGUGCCAGGUGAUGGACGAGAAACUAAUGCAUCUUCUGAGGAGGUGGUUGAAUAUGGUCAGAAAAAUGCUGCUAAUAGCAACAAUGUAACUUCUCUUAGAAGUGAUCAUUGUACAAUAAAUCCUCAAAUGGCUCCAUCAUGGUUUGAGCAAUAUGGAACUUUUAAAAAUGGCAAGAUGUUGCCAGUGUAUGAUGCACGCACAAUGACUCCAAAAAGUAUGGACCAGCCUUCCUUUGUGAAGAACCAAUCUGCCAGUUUGCAUCUUGGCAAUUCAAUGGAGAAAGUAAAUAGUCUCAAUAAUACUGAUCAGCAUGGUCAUGCCAGGCCAAGUCCAGUGCCUACUUCAGUUGCAAGUGUCAAUGUGCCUUCUCAGUUAUUGCCUCCUGCUGUUGAGCCUGAUUUGCAUGUUCCGAAACCAAAGAAGCGUAAAAGUGCCACUUCAGAACUUAUGGCAUGGCAUGAAGAAUUGAAACAGGGUUCAGAAAGGCUUCGAGAUAUCAGGGUGGCAGAAUUAGACUGGGCUCAAGCUGCAAAUAGAUUGAUUGAGAAGGUUGAGGACGAUGCUGAGCUCGUAGAAGUUUUGCCAAGAAUGAAGUCAAGAAGAAGACUUGUCUUGACAACACAGCUUAUGCAGCAACUACUUAACCCUCCUCCAGCUGAAGUUCUCUCUGCAGAUGUCAAGUUGCAUAAUGAUUGUAUGGUUUAUUCUGUUGCUAGAUCAGUAUUAGGAGAUGGUUGCAGUUCUGUCUCAUUGUGUGGAAGUGAUUUGCCAGUGGCAGCGGCUAGCAAAAACCUCCUGCCCAAUAAGCAUAAAUCUUCUGAUAAAAUUGACCAGUACAUUUUGAAAGUGGAAGAGUUUUCUGACAGGGCAAGGAAGCUGGAAAAUGAUAUGUUGAGAUUGGAAAGCAGAGCCUCAGUUUUGGACUUAAGACUUGAGUGUCAUGAUUUGGAAAGGUUUUCUGUCAUCAAUCGAUUUGCCAAAUUUCAUGGACGGGGGCAGAACGAUGGGGCAGAGACUUCAUCAUCCUCAGAAGCAACGGCGAAUGCUCCGAAAUCAUUUGUCCAGAGAUAUGUUACUGGACUUCCAAUGCCUGAAAAUAUCCCAGACAGGGUACAAUGUCUUGCACUUUGAUAAUUAAUUAAUUCAUUUGCUAUCUUUCUUGGUCAGUUGUCUUCGCAAUCUCCUGUUUUUGGUCCUUUUCUUUCAAGUUAUAUUAUUGGACUUCAUCGCCAUAGAACCGUACAAUUGGCAAUGUAGGAGAAGAAUGAUACUAGAUUGCCUCCUCAACCAAUGGAGGCUGUUAGAUCUUUCCCAUCUAUAUUUUGUAUGUAUGUAUGUCUGUCUAGAUCUUCGCAAUCUAGUUAUCUUUAACUUUUGGUUUCCAGGUUCCAACCCUUUUGUAUAUAGUAAGAUAAUAUAUGCAGUUUACUUAGUUUAACCA